AUGGGUCGUGUGAUCCGCAACCAGAGGAAGGGUCGUGGAUCCAUUUUCACGGCCAACACCCGUCUCAACAAAGCCCCCGCCCAAUUCCGCACUCUCGACUACGCUGAGCGACAUGGAUACGUUCGCGGUGUGGUGAAGGAGAUCAUCCACGACCCUGGUCGUGGUGCUCCUUUGGCCAAAGUCAGCUUCCGUCACCCUUACCGCUUCAAGAAGGUCACCGAGACCUUCAUCGCUAACGAGGGCAUGUACACCGGUCAAUUCAUCUACGCCGGAAAGAACGCUGGUUUGACCGUCGGAAACGUCCUCCCCCUUGGUGCCGUCCCCGAAGGUACCGUUGUCACCAACGUCGAGGAGAAGAUCGGUGACCGUGGUGCUCUUGGUCGUACCUCUGGUAACUACGUCACCGUCAUUGGUCACAACCCCGAUGAGGGCAAGACUCGUGUCAAGCUUCCCUCUGGUGCCAAGAAGGUCGUCAGCUCCGGUGCUCGUGGUAUGAUUGGUAUCGUUGCCGGUGGUGGCCGUACCGACAAGCCUCUCCUCAAGGCUUCUCGUGCCAAACAUAAGUUCGCUGUUAAGCGCAACAGCUGGCCAAAGACCCGUGGUGUAGCCAUGAACCCUGUCGACCAUCCUCACGGUGGUGGUAACCAUCAACACAUUGGUAAAGCCUCAACCAUCUCUCGCUACGCCGCACAAGGUCAAAAAGCCGGUCUUAUUGCUGCUCGCAGAACCGGUCUUCUCCGUGGUACACAGAAAACCAAGGACUAA